GCUCACGUGGUACGGCAGCCUCCAUACGUAACCACGCGACGUCAUUUUCUCGCGACUGUCGCUGACAGCCAGCUCCAUGUGAAUGUCGGUGUGUGGCUUUCAUCAAGUUAUCUAAUUUACUAAGGUUUGAUGUGGGAUGGUGUCUCCGGCUGCUGACUUGUGAGAAUCUUGUUCUCUGGACCCCGCCCUCCUACCUGCUCCUCAGAUUGUCUGGCUAACCCGAUGGCCAGCCGCAUAUUGAGUAGAUAUGCCCGUCUUCUCUCCAGGGCGUCCUGCCAGGCUGCGGUGGUCCGCCUGCCUCCCCCCGUGGCCGGGCCUGCAGAGGUACAGAGGGCUCAGGCCUGGCCUCGGGUAUCAAGAAGGCUUCUGUGUGAGGGUAGGACUGUUGCCAUAGAGACCAACUCUCUGCCCAUGCCUGCACGCACCAAACUGGAUGAGCUCCUGGACAAGGCGGAGACUCCAGAGGACGUUCUGCUGGCCUGGGCGGAGCAGGGUGGAAAUGGCAAUCAUGCUGCAAUUUCCAUAGUGAAAAUGGCCAAAUUGAUGCAGAGGGCAAAGGGCAGUUUUAUGAUAAACAAACCAGAUCUGAUGAUUGAUCCGAGGCUGCACGACAUGAUGGACACCAUAAUUGGGCAGGUUUCCUCAGUGUGGAAUGGCACUCUAGUCUCUCUCCUGCGAGCGCUCUCUAUUCUGAAAGUGCCCGCCACCACCGCAGUGCUCAGCUCGGUGCAGACUGAGGUCCUGUGGCGAGUCCGCAGGCUCACCUACAGGCACCUGUCCUACCUGGUGGACUGGGGUGCAGGGAGGAAAGGGCAGCAGGAAGUGGCAAUCAUGAAUGCUGCGUUGAAACAGCUAGAGCUGCGUUGGACUGAAAUCUCAGAUGCUAAAACUGUCAGUGUACUGAUAUCCAAAGGAGAACACAUGCCACCAACUUUGAUGGACAGACUAGAAGACAAGGCGUUGGAGCUGGCCGAGGGCUUUUCAGCCGAAGAGAUCAGGAAGGUGUGUGUGUCUGUGGCCACUCAGAGCCGCAGGUCUGUCCCAUUGCUCAGAGCUCUGUCCUAUCAUCUGCUCCAGAAACCCUCAUCAGACCUCACCACUCCGCUGCUGCUGGACAUGGCCUACGCAUAUGGGAAGUUGAGUUUCCACCACUCUCAGGUGUUUCAGCGGAUAGCAUCAGAAUUGUUACCCAGAGUACCUGAGCUCAGUGCUGCUGACGUCACUCGAUGUGCUAAAUCACUGGGCUUCCUCAAGUGGCUUCACAUCCCGCUCUUUGAGGCCUUUUCAGAGCACUACAUAACAAACAGUGAGAAGUACAGUGCUCUUCAGCUUUGUAAUCUGCUCAUGACAUUUGCCAGAUUGGGCUUCCAGCCGAGCAAAGGAGACAUGUUCUAUAGCAAGGUUCACACUGUGCUGGAAGACUCUCUCUGGGGUCUGGAGCCUUUCCUGCAGACAGAUGUGGUAUGGUCUUUGUGUGUAUUACAGCAGGCCAAGCCCCGCUACCUCACAGCCCUCACACAGCACGAACAUGUCACCAAACUCUCAGAAGGCAGUCCAGCUCGAGUGGAGAACUAUCGAUUGAAGCUCCUCCACAUUGCAGCCACUCUUCACUUAGAGCAUCCCGGCUCCUCAGAGACUGCAGCCCCUCCGUCCUCUCUAACUAAACCUUCUCCCCUAGCCAGCAGCUCCCCCCUCUCGUUGUUGCAGAGCAGUCUAAGGGAGGCACUACAGAGUCUGGUGGGUGGGAGGACAGAGGCCCUUCGCACUGGAGUCAACACCGUGUAUGGAUAUACUCUUGAUGGUGAGGUGGUGGUGGACUCUGACAACAAGCCAAUUGACAUGUCGAUGCUGAAAGCCCCUCAUCUACCUGACGGGGGAGGAGGUCAGGCUUUACCCGUAGGAGCACAGCAGCUAGCCUUCUUAGCUUGGGAUUUUCCCAACUUUGGCUCAAAGAGUAAAGACCUCCUGGGACGGUUUGCCAUGAUGAAGCGGCAUCUUCAGCUGGCUGGCUUCCUCACAGUGGAGGUGCCAUAUUAUGAGUGGCUGGAGCUGAAGUCAGACCGGCAGAAACUGGCAUACCUUAAGGAUAAAAUGGGGAAGGCUGUGGCAGAGGACAUGGCCAAGUGAACUGAGUGCACGGAGCAAAAUUGCAGGCUCAGCUGAAUUGGAGGUAUCCCAACCAAAUGGGACCACAGGGGACACGCGCAUAACACCCACAUACACACUCAGAAAUGAGCAGUGUUGCAGUACAGGCUCACUCCAACUUUGUCAGGAAAAAAAAAAAAUUAUACAUUUUCACUCUGGUUCCCUUGACAACGUGUGGGGCUUUCCCUGUUGCCAUGGCGAUGAUGAUCGAGAGUUCUGGAGCUGGAGAGAGAGUGAGACAAAAAUACAGAAAUCAACUAACAGCGAGUCCUUCAGUAGAGAGAUGUGAUCAAAGGUGCCGUGUCCCCGAGUGACACUCAGACCUUGGAGAGAAGCGCUGGGUGUUUCUGCAGAAUUAAUAGCAUGAAUAUUGUGCUUUAUAUCACCAUGUGAAUAGAUUAAAAUAACUUAAUUAUCGCCAUGAAGGUUGUGAAGUCAUCUUGUGGUGGAUUAAAUUGUUUUAUUGCAA